AUGGAAGAUCCAGUCUUUACCAACAUCAGUGAAAAUGUUAAUGACACCAAUGUCUGCGAGGUCUCAGACUCUGAGGAAGACAAAGGAGAUAAUCUUUAUUAUCAUGUCCGUAAAGAUUCAGCAUCUCCUCCUUAUGUCACUAACCUCCCAGAGAACAUGGAUGGUAGUCAAGAAAACUCAGAAGAUAGCCAUAGUAAUUCUGUGGCCUCUCAGCAUGGUUCUUCAUCUCAGCAUGGAGCUGAUGAAGAAGAUGAUUCUUCAUCUCCCCAUGGCGCUGGAGAAGACCACCCAUACCAGCAGAUGGAUCUGAUGAGCCCAGCUCUGGAAGAGAACCAUGUAGAGAACACGAUGUUUGAGAGCAACCUGCAUUCUCCUCCAGAUUUCCAGUUGCGUCAGAGGCAGAGCACUUUUUCCAACUCUUCAACUUCCCUCAAGUUUCCCCUUAACUGUAUCUCUGGAGAAACUAACAACUAUCAGGAAGAUUUUGAGAUUCACAUUUUUGUAAAGGCUGGUAUAGAUGGAGAAAGCAUUGGGAACUGCCCAUUCUCCCAGCGUCUCUUCAUGAUCCUGUGGCUCAAAGGAGUGGUGUUCAACGUCACCACUGUUGAUCUGAAAAGAAAGCCGGCUGACCUGCACAAUCUGGCUCCUGGGACCCACCCACCUUUCCUGACAUUUAAUGGAGAAGUCAAGACAGAUGUUAACAAGAUUGAGGAAUUCUUGGAAGAGAUUCUUGCACCUCCAAAGUACCCCAAGCUGGCUGCUAAGCACCGGGAAUCAAACACUGCUGGAAUUGAUAUCUUUUCCAAAUUUUCUGCAUACAUCAAAAAUACCAAGCAGCAGGAUAAUGCUGCUCUUGAAAGAGGCUUGGUGAAGGCUCUGAAGAAGCUCGAUGACUACCUGAGAACCCCUCUGCCAGAGGAGAUCGACGCAAACAGCACUGAAGAGGAGAAAGUGUCCAAACGCAAGUUUCUGGAUGGAGAUGACCUGACUCUUGCUGACUGCAACCUUCUGCCCAAACUCCAUGUUGUCAAGAUCGUUGCAAAGAAAUACCGCAACUUUGAGUUCCCGACAGAGAUGACGGGGCUGUGGCGGUACCUGAAGAACGCCUAUGCCAGGGAUGAGUUCACCAACACCUGUGCAGCAGACAAGGAAAUUGAGCAAGCCUAUGCAGACGUGGCCAAGCGGCUCAGCAAGUCCUAACUGACCUCUGUGGUGGCUCAGUAUCCCCUUCUACAGACUCUUCUCCUUGUUGCCUUAAGAUAUACUUUAUUGUUAUGCUGUCUGGUUGGCAUCCCUAUGACUUCACCUGUUCCAAGUGUAUUGGUCAGGGACAAAUCUGCUUCUCCCUGGAGAAAAGAGAAGGCAGCUCUGGUGGGGUGGGUGGAGACCCUUUGAAGUCUAACCUAAGGUCUGGCUCAACUAGUAUUAUUUGCAAUCAGUAUUGGAAAUGAGUCUUUACAACUUCCUUGUUUCAUGUGGGGGGUAUAUCACCACCUGUAGUCUUUAGAGUUUUAAAAAUAAGAUGUUAGCUGAAAUUUCAGAUAAGAGAGUUAGGAACACAUAGAACUGGUUCUUCUGUAGGUUAUUUCAAGGAUGCUUUUGCCCCCAGUGGUAUUGAGAUCUUGAGGCAUGAACAAAAUACAAGAGAGAGGGGGGACAAAUAGGAGCUUGACCCUAAAGCGGAAAUACUCUUAGUAGUUAUAUUUAAAUAAACUCUCUGAAUGCAUAUUCUGUCUUAGCAGGCCCAAGAGUUUAUAGGGUAUUUAUUUUUAACUUGGUGUAAGAGGGGGAAGCCUGAGCGAAUAUGUCAGACUUGCAGAUGCUACUCUGCAUAAAAUUUGCAUGGUGUUGUUGGAUCCAAAUGUUUAAAGCAAAAGAGAGUGAAUGAGCAAUUGAGCAGGCAGCCCUUGGAAGAGCGGGGCUCGUGCCAAAAUGCCCAGUGGAUCUGCUGGUUGGUAGAGACAGACAGACACAGCAAUAACGGGGGCAGCAGAUUGACUCCAGCACCCACAGAGGGAAUUGGCACAGCUAACCAAACCACGUAGGAUAUUGUCGUCUUGACUGUAUGGCUGCCAGUUCCUUUAUAAUUGCUAUCUUGGGAAACUUGGAUCAGCAGUAGAAAGCUGUCGCUGCACACGAAUUCCAGGCAGGGGAAGCGCUUUCUUCGCCUUGGGCUCCAGAUGGGUCACUUUCAAGCGCUCAUCAUCUCACCCCAGAAGUUUGCUCUGAGAGCCUCAAAGAGGGCAGGCUGAAACAGUGAGAGGCACGUUUCCAGCCAGAAAUUCAGCAAGUGUGCCAGCAGAAAUCCAUGCAAGAUGCCUCAGUCCCGUUCAUCCAGGGUUUACCGAUCCAGGUUCCAUGAUUCUGAAUUAGAAAUUGUUUUCUAACAGUGAUUAUUUUGUUCUGUCUGUAGUUCCUGCCUGGCACAUCUGCUUUAUACUAGUGAUUAUUUGCACGUUCCUUUAGCAAAUUCAGAAUGACAGCUCUUUUACUUGAAACUCAUGUGCCCCAAUAUGUACAGCAGUGCACAUGGCUCAUGAUUUUUCAGACUGGGGGGAUUGACUGCUGUUUUAAAAGAUAAAAUAAAACUGAGCUCUAACCUGAUGUGGCUCCCCUUCUGAUCAGAGCUGCUAGAGCUGCACUGAUUUGAGGGGAACCUCACACCGGUGAGCUGUGACCAAGGGGAACUUUACAGCAGGCUUGUUUGCAGCCAGAGGGCUGGAGGAGUGGAGACAGCAUCGAGUGCCAGCCUCUGCCGUGUGAUGCUGAUGACAAUCUGAAACCAUCCUGUUGCUUUGGUGGGAUUAUCCCACUUUUCACACAGCUGGGAGCAGAAUGUUACUCAUUAACUGUGAAGAUAGUUUGUGGUUGACUAUUGUUUCUCAUGCAAUGGUCAAUUUGUUCUAAACUUUCAAAACCUUGUAAGAAAAAUCCAUGAACUCCCAAGUCUUCUCCUAGAACAGGCUGUCUUAUCAGUGGCUAGACAGGAGGGCAAAGGCUCUCACUCUUUAAAAUAUUGCUGAGAAAUCAGCUGGCUCAGAGAACACUAAUAGCAGCCAGAAAAAUCUAAUGAGAUUAGAAGUGUCUGCACAAGCACAUAUGGCUUGUUAAAAACAUUUCUUCAUGAGAUUAGAAUUAUUAUUUGUGAUAUUAUUUUCUUUUUUUUUCCCUUUUAUUUCUGCAAUUAUUUAUUUAUUUAUUUAUCUUAAUUGAGUUGGUCCUUUCUGUCUGUCUUUCUGGUUUUGUUUUUACUCAUGGUGCAGGUCAAGAUGGCUCAGUCAGUUUAGAAAACUGUUAUUAGCAAAGCUCUGCAAAAUUGUUCCAAGUGAAAAGUCUUCUAUCUGACCAAUGAUCACAGGGAUUUCUUUACUUCCAGUGUGAUUUGAAGCAUGUUGAUCGACAGAAACUACAUUUUUCUCAGGUUUGUACUUCAAUCAGUAGCUUUGCUUAAUCACAGUUGCAGGGAAUCUUUGAAUAAAAGACACAGAGGCGGAUGCAGAUUCUUUCUCUCUGCUUAUUAUAUUUACCUCCUAAAAGAAAACUGUCCAAACAUGCAGCAGAUCUCAGGCAGGGUAAGCAAACCAGGGUCUGCCCUGAUUUCCAUGUCUCAGUCUUCACCAGUGUGCUGAAUCCUGUAGUUCUGAAACGUUCUUAGAUGUCUUUCUGUAGUUUUCAUAGAUGAGGGCCAAAUCACAAUCAGUUGGUCUUAGUGACCUCAAAUUGCAUCUGUUUUUGAAAAAGUAUGUUUAAAAUGGUUGGGCUUACACCAAAAAGAAAAUGAGCUAUAAGUGCAAUGAGCACUAAGAUUAUUCGCAUGCUUUUAAAAACUUUUUAAGAUUUAAUUAUAAAAUCUAAAAAUCUCCAAGCUACCUUCUUUCUAAUUAUUAACAACAACAACAAAAAUCUUUAUAUAUCUUCAUUUUCCUAACAAUACCUCCUAAAUGUCUAGAUAAGAUGUAACUAUGGAUAUGAGAAAGAAUAAGAGGAAAAUGGAGCAAUUUUCAGCUCCCAUGCCUGUUCUGCCAGAAUUCAGGUCUCACUCUGCAUCCUAACUUUGCAUUUUACUCAUAAUUCUAUUAUAGGCUGAUACAAGAUUAUGGACAGGUUCAGGCAUUCCCUGACCUUUGUUUGAGUUUGAAAUCCAAGUUCAUGUUUUCAGAUCUGUAACUUUCGCUCACCUUUAUGCUUUUUGGCUUUUACAGUCAGAAGCAGGAAAUACUGGAAAUCCUACAUAGAAAAGUGUUUUGCUAAGAUUUUGAGCUCAGUUCUCAAAACUCAGGAUCCAUCACCAAUGAGAUUUUAAAGGGCUCCAGACUCCUUUAGCAGGGUAUUUUUGGUGACCUUCCAUUGUAUUUAGAAUUAUAAGUAAUAAAUAUUAAUCAUACAGGAUUGUAUAUCUACAUUGGCAAGGCAGCAUUUCUGAAAAGAAUCUAAGUGACAAGACAGACAUUGCAGAUUUACAAUAACUUUGUUCAUAAAUUUUUUGCAAGAUGUAAAGAAAGACAUAGUGCAGAGGGGGAAGAAGCCAACAAUGUGGAUUUAAUCAUCUGCAUUUCAAAAAUGCAGACCAAAUGUCUGUGAAGAUGUCCAUUUCAUCCAAACAUUUCUCAGAUAUUUAUUUCAAAGCUCCCUGCUCAGUCAAUCCGACACUCCAUUCAUAUUGGAACUAAUAUUGAUUUUCCUUCUAUUAGCAGUGGUAUGGGAGUGCUGUAGAAUCCCAUAGAUUAGUUACUCUUACUCUCUGUUAGGCUGUUUGAAUUGCCAAGAGGUCAUUUUGCUGUACAGGUAGGACUAGAGAGUAUCUUUUCAAGUCUAUUUAAAUGAGGGCUUCUGAGAAACAAUUUUUUUCCAAUAGAAAUCACAUAACGAUAUUGCUUUAUCAGGUCUAGUGUGGAAUAUAGAGCUCUGUUUGCACCAGCUAAAAAGCCACUGCCCAGCAGGGAAUGACAGUCUAUAUCACAAAGAAAUUAGACAAAGUUGUUUAUCCUACAAGAAAGUUCAGCUGAAAUGCACAUAGCAUUUAUUUUGAAUAUUUAUUUAUUUUGUUUUAACCCCAGCUACCUUUCCUCCUCUCUUGUUCCUGCUCAAAUCCAGCUCCAAGUUAGCCACAACCACUUCCUCAGUGCUAAGUAGCAGAGUGCUCAAGGACAGGCACACAGGGAACUGUUUUAGUGUAACCCUUCCGUCUGGUGGGAUGAAACCCCCUUUCUGCAUCGACUGAGUUUGGCUAAUUAACUGAGUUUAAAGUAUUGCAAAAAUUUAGCCAGUGAAGUCACACUCCUGUAAAGCCAGAAGCACAUAGAAGCAUUAUUUUUUUUUAAUGGAUUGAUGUUCUAAAGAAAAAAAAUAUCCCCAAAGUCUUGUGUCUUCCUUCAUGUGUAUUCUUUCAAGCAUCAGGAAGUUUGCAUUUGUUUAUUACUCUUCUAGAUAUAUUCAUUAUUCUUGGAUUGCUUUUGAUAUUAAGAAAUAUUUUUCCAGUAAGGUUUUGCCUUUUUGCUGAAUCUUUCAUCUCUUCAUUCAUUUUGAUGUCUGCAAUGACCUGGUAAUUCCAGAGGUGGCAGGAAUGCUGUGAGGUUUAUACUUGUUGAGAUUUUGAAGGAGGUAGUAAUUUUUUUUUUUUUUCUGGAGAAAACAGUAUUAAAAGCAUUUUUAAAAAUGGGUCUUUCCAUCUGGGAUACUUUAUCUAAGAGUGAUAGACUGUUUAGUCUGGAUUAUGAAUUUCAGCAGAAGCAUGAGCAAGGCACCAUGAAGGUAGCUUUGCCUAGGGAUUUCUCUGAGAUAGUAGACAUGUUCCCUCUGAGUCACAAAACUUCCCAUUUCCUUGGUCAGGAAGGAUCUGCUGGUUUGGACACUGAACUAUGACAGCCCACUCACUUGGUGCUCAGCAUCAAAGAGGGUGCCUGUUCCCUUUUCUCCCCUUCUGGCUCAUGUUCAGGGAAAGCAGAGAGCACUGAGCUGCUUUAUUGCCUUUCCCCACAUCCCAAGCAACACUUGGCCCCAGGAAAGCCCAGAGAUCCCAUCCAGCGCUGGUUUCCAAAGCUUGAUCAGUCUGUGUUUUAACAUGUGACAUAAAGGCCUGAAGAGCCCUGUGACCCCUCAGGCACUCUCCACACAGGGCUCAGCAGCCUCUCAGAGACCUCAGCAAUCAUGUUACAACUCUGUUGCCCCAAAUCAUUCCCCUUUCAGCAUUCAUUGGAGAGAUGCUAAUGCUGCAAAUACUCCAGAGGAUGGUUUUGAAUGUGCGGUGUUUGAGCUGUGCUCAUCAGCUAAGCAGCUCUGAAUGAUGACAUUGUCACAGCUCAGCAGGUCUCGCCUCUGCUGCCAAGGGAACGACCCAUCACCCACUGGAGGAGUACAAGCUGCUUUGCCAGUGCUGGUGCAACCAUGAUGAAAGGUUUCAGGGCCACCUUUCCUCCAGCCCAGCUUCCUUGCUGGAGUGUGUUAGAGCUCAGCUGGGGCCAUGAUCCAGCGCUAAUGAGCAUUUCUAGCUUGCAGCAUGUGAAUAGAGACUACUCAUGUGUUUAAUGUCAAACAUGUGCUUGCCUGCUUGCCUGGAGAGAGGCCUAAAAGUCAUGACAGAAAAGCCUAUAUUAAUGAAGGGCAUUAUUAUUCUCUUUCCUUUGAAACCCUGUGGCAUAAUUCCCAGUGGGGGAAUUCCCAAUAGGAAUUCCCAGCAAAGCCAAAGGCUACAUAAGCAUGAAGAUGUUUCAAGUUGCAAAGAUGUCCUUAAGAGAACAGAAAGCACUCAAGGAGAAAAGCAAGCAGCAGUGAUAUACAGGGCCUCAGUGCAGAAGAACACCAGCUCUGCCCUGGUGGGAACUGGAGCAACAUGACUGGUGCUGCCAGGCUCUGUUCUGGUCUCAUGGGGAGGUUCAGAGUGGAGCUGGGACCAGGCUGGCAGUGCAAUGCCAAGGCAUGUUCCCCUGUAUCUCCAACCACACUCCCUAUGGUGGUAUCCCACAGCAUAAUGAUGCCUCCAUUGUGUCUACCUCACUCUUAUUACGAAGUGGCUUGUCUAAAGAAAGGGUGGGGGGAUUUUUUUUUUUUUUAUAUAUAUAUACAUGGAGUAAAAACAAUCCAAAUAUUCUUUAAUGGUUCUCAACAUGAUACUGUCAAUUCUCACCACAGGGUGGAAUUUGUUGGUGGAAAUUAAAUUAAAUUAAAUUAAAACAGAAAAGCUUGGCUAUUGCUAAUGGGUACUACUGGGAGCCCUAAAAGCAGUUUUCAAUGUAGAACCAUAACAGGAGUGAACAUCCUUUAAUUCCCAGAAUUGCUUGGGUUUCACAGGGUCAUUUUAGCCUAUUCUGCUGCACUGCUGAGAAAUUGCUCUUUCCCUGUCUCCCUAGGUCUAUAAACUCUGAAGAAUUUGGGAAAUGGCUACAGGCACUGCAUUAGUUUUUUUCUUUUUCUCUCUUUUUUUUCUUCUUCAUUAAAUGAACUACUUUAGUUUGGAAGUAAGCAGUAAGUAAAUAGAAUUUGCAAACAGCAGAUUUCUCUACUUUUUCAUUAGGAAAGUUUUUAAGAGCUUUCAGGAAAUGAGAGGUUAUCCCCAGCUUUGGGAAUAAACUGUGGUAUAAAAUAUAUAUGGAAGUGGGAUUCUCAUUAAAUAAUUGAAGUAGAAAGAUCACUGUUUUAAGGAGCAUGCCUAGGACUAAAUGAACAGCAUACUCCAGUUAUUGCAAUAGGGACUUAAGAAUCAAUUUUAAAUUUCCAUUUUUUAAUUAUUAUUAUUUUAUAAUUACUUAUUUUACCACAUGGAAACUGUAUAUACAUAUAUAUUUUUAUAUAUAAGUAUAUAUUUUCUGUUCAUUUUGCUGCAUUAUUUAAUUCAAUAGUGCUGUGAAGUUUGUUGGGAUGGAGGGUGGCAUAAAGAGGAAACCUUACACUCUUGAAAGAGUACUAUUAUUUCUGUGUCUUUGAUUUGGUUCCCAUUCAGAUAAACAAGAACCACACCAUUUAGUUGUGUAGAAGCAGGAUCUCAACUUCACAGAUCCCGAAAGUUUGACAGUCCCUGGGAGGACAGGGUAAUUUGCUGUUUAGCAAUCUGAGCCGUGUAGCGGGCAGAGCGCGUUUCGGAAGGCGUCCAGGACUGUCCUUGGGUGAAGGAGCAUGUUGCUUGCAAAGCACCCCAGUGAAUCCCCUGCUGUUAUAAAAUGAGAUUAAGCCAUCAUGAGACGUGGACUGGCUAACCCCGAACCAGACACACUCGCCUGCAGCGCAGCCGCUAAAUUGGUCUGACAUCAGGAACCGCAGCGAAGGAGCUUGGCCUCAGAGGCGAGUCAAAGCAGCAUCUUUGUCACCAGUCAUUUUCUAUUUAUAAUGACACAGAUCUAUUUUAUAAUCACGGGGAGGCACAACAGGAGUGUGCUUUGUUCCGCCUAAAUCGCAUUUCUCCUGCGGGUGCGUUUAAACACAGCCCCUGGCCCUUUGCCGCACACCACACACACCCAGGGCGGGCAGUUCUGGCACAACAAUGCACACCCUGUCGUGCUUGAGCGCUCAAAGCCUCCUGUGCUGGAGCAAUAAACUGCUAAAUGGCCUAAAAACGUUCCCUUAAGUGCACUGAGCUGUCAGGCCACCUCAUUUCCAAAGCCGCUCUGUUGUCUAAGCCUUGGGUUUCAAACAAACCAGGAGUGUAUUGUGUUGUUUAGUGAUGGAAAUUACUGGGCAUUUUUAACUGUAAGAAAUGGGAGUGAAAAAACCCAACCCCCAACCCAACCCUCUUUCCAAGUGCAAAACUGACAGCUCCUGCUCCUGACUGUAUUUUCAGAGGUUGUGAACAAAUUCCCAAUAGCUGCUCGUAGAAUGGAUCCUCAUCUGUGCAAACUCUUGGAGCUAUGAUGGCAAUCCCCCUUUGCUCCUUUCUUUUCUUUUUUUUUUUUUUUUCUUUUUAUUGAAGGGUCCUGCUCUGUAUUUCCUAGAAAAAUUAUAAUCAAGUGAUCAAUAGAUUUAUUUUUGUAAUCUGAAUGUUUUCAGUUCUGAAGCCUGAAGAUCAAAACCAAGUUGCAUAGUGAGAUUUAGGGGUGAACAGAAGUGUUUUGUUUUUUUUUUUUCCCCACAAACCCACUCGCUUUCAAAAUCCUGACUCAUUUGGGGCAUGAUCCUGGUUACUUUGGGGAGUCUGAGGUUGAAGGAGAGGAAGAGGAGGCCAUUGUACUUGCUACCGUCCUUCUACUGAGAGAGGAUAGCAGGAACUGGUCUGGAAGUCCUAAGAGAUGUAUAAGUUUCCUAUCCACUGUGUGAGCAACCUCUGCAGAGACUUGCAUGGCCCCAACUAACCCACAGUUGCUUAAAAACUGCACUGACAUUCAAAAGCAAAAUUUGAGCUGUUAACAAUGACAUGGUGGUCAGACAUGGUACUUGUUCAGGGCAUUAUACAGGCAAAAAAAUGGCUCAUUUGAAAGGCCAAGACCCAAUCUGAUGACUGGAUUUUCUCCUCCAAAAUGUCAUUAAUCUCAGAAAUGCCUAAUGUCUUCAGGGCUACCACCUGAAUUAUAGGACUAAAAGCAAGAUCAGGAACUUGUAAGGAGAAAACAGGAAUUACCUUUAAACUCAGACCUGCUAAGGUUCAAAGAAAAGUAAUUUAUUUGUAAACAACCAUUUUAUAGUGGCUGACAGUGAAAAGUAACUGUGUAUCCGGGGGUCUCCAUCAGAUAAGAAAGAAAGCCAGGAUAAAUCUCUUCGCAUACUUGUGUUUUUCAGUUGAGGCACAUCCUCUCUUAGUGGGCAGUUUUAGAUUAGAUUGCAACCUUUUGGGGUAGGAACUAUAUAUUUCUCUGCAUGUGCAGCUCCUUACACAACAGGAGCCUGAUUAGGGUCUUUGUGUGCUGCUCUAGCCCUCAUAAUCUUUAAUAAUAGGAACAAUAUAAUUAAAAUGUCAUUGCAGUUCACCUUUAAUAUUAUGAUUGUGCAACUGUGCUCUGUCAACUGUGAAUAAAAUAAUGUCCUUUUUGUAUAAUAGGUAGUAUAUUUUAUUAUUGAAGAAAGAGUUAAAUUUAAUUUUUAAACUCAAAAAAGUAUCUGCUCAUUGUUUCAUUUUAAGCUUCUAAAUAGAUAAGCAAAUAUUUCUUUUGUAUCCUUCAACUGAGUGUUGGUUAAAUGAAGAAAUUCACCAUCCUGAAUUGGAGCUGUUUAUAAUUAUAUUCCAAGAAUGAUUAACACCUGAUAAUUUGAA